CACCUGAGAGUGGCUAGCCCGAAGCAGCACUUGGACUCCUCCAACCAUGGCGCUCGCGCUGGCCUCUCCAAUGGCGUCCCUCUCCCUCCACCCCGGGAGGAUCUCGGCGGCGGCUAUCGGCGGCGUCACCCACCCUUUCAAUGCCGUACCGAUGGGCGCCUCCGCCUCGCCGUUCCUCCGGAGCUCCUUCGUCUCGUCCUCCUCCGCCUCCCCGGCCUCGCUCUCGGCAUCGGUCUCGGCGUCGCUGGCCUUCACGUCCUCCUUCUCGUUCGCCGGUUCAUCUUUGGGAAUUGAGUUCAGCUACAACAGAGUAACAACACGAAGAUCUCGCGGUAUGCAGAUUAGGGCUGGAAAGGCUGCCCUCUGCUUGACCAAGAGGUCAAGAUCUAGGAAGUCACUUGCCCGAACACAUGGUUUCCGAAGGAGGAUGCGAACUACUUCCGGUAGAAAGGUCCUGAAGCGUAGGCGUGCCAAGGGCAGGAAGGUUCUCUGCACAAAGACAAACUCAAACAGUGGGAAGAAACGAUUAUUCUGAUUGCACUGCAAUUUGAGGCUUCCAACUCUAAGUGUACUUUCUACAUCCAAUCUUCUUAGCCAUUGUCUAUCUGUAAUAAUACGGAGCAUCCUAUUUCAGUUAUUUGGUUAAUACAUCUGAAUCACCUUCUCAACACAAA